AUGAUUAAGCAUAUAGAAGACAAUGAUGGAUUCACACUGGAUGAGCUCUUAGAAUCUAUAGUCGCCGAAAAGAUAUUUAACAUAAAUGAGGAUAAAAUUCUUACUCGGCUGGCCUCCGCCAUUAAACUUAAAUUUUCAACAGUUUACGAUAACACAUCGACCAAUAUAUUUGUUAGAGCAUCCUUAGCGGAUAGCACCUAUAAAUCGCAGAGUAACAUAUUGUUUACUACACGUAGUGUAAGAAAUGAAGUUAAUUCCUCAAGGCCCAGAAUACCUCAGAAACCUACCAUUUUAAACUGGUUUAAAAGAGACGCCUCAAAGACAGUUGAAAAGAAGGAAGUAAAACAAGAGUGUGUGUACACGGAAGAGCAGCCUUCCUCCAAUAUUAUACCCGUUGAUAUUGACCCUUUUGGGACUUUGGUGAUCACCGGAGAGAUGUUGGCUUUCUCCUCAGAUGAUGAGUCAAACUUGGACACUGAAAGGACACACCUCAAGGAUGUAAAGCCAUCAUCGGCUGCCAACGCACGAUAUGCAGCAGAUGAGGAUGAUGAAACAUGUCUGGACGACAAUUCUCUGAAUAAUUGGUCCACAGAUGACUGCUCACAAUCGAGUAAAUCGGUAGAUUUUGACGUUGCCGACGGCGUUGCGGACUCUAAUAAUCAGUUGGACGAGAAAGGCUUUAGUCCGAUGGAUAUCAACUCAGCCACAAAUGUAGAUGUAGCCGCUAAAGAUGAUUACAAGGGGAAGGAAAACGUGAUCUAUUUGGGUAAUAAUAUAAUUGUGCUCCACGGCAGUGGAAAUAAUGCGUCAGGGUGUUAUUGGCUCCUGAGUAAAGUGUUUGAUUGCGAAUUUAAGACACUGAUAACGAACACGUAUCAGGAAAACGAGUUUAUCAUCAUCCAAAAUAAGAAGGUGCAGCACAUAGACUGUACAGUGUUGAAGACCCAGUUGAGUGACGAGUUGAUACCAGUAGAAAAGGUGAAGGACAUACUGUUGAACAGACACAGCCAAGUGUGCGUUCUGGAGCACUUUGACCACCUGGGAAAAAAUUGGCAAAUACUCAUGAGCAAGUGGUUCAACAAGGUGUACGAAAAGCUGUUCAUCAUACUGUGCUGUAAUGUAAACUACGUGGACUUCAGAGUCAGGUCAUAUUCGCUGGUUCUGAGGCUGAACGGGCUCGACAGGGAUAGGUUCAUAGACCACGCGCACAAGAUCUACGUCAUGAACGCGAACAGGAACAGGUACUGCCUGUCCAGGUUGAACGUGAUUGAAAUCGCGAACAGGGUGGAUUUCGACCUCAUUCUGUUCUUCAACACGCUGGUCGACGCCCAGCGCAACUACAUGAAUGCCAUCAGGAAGCACAGGACGAGGCAGAGCCACAAAUGGCUUCGGAGCCUAAUACAUAUAAUUCUGCACAACUCCCGCAAUUUUUCGAGCCUCAAGAGCAGCCUGAUAACUGACACCAUAGCCGAGUACGGCGUCCACGAGUUGGACCUAAUGCUGAUCGACUUCUACAACAGGCUGAUGGAAAUGGGAAGUUUGGAGCUCGAACCUCUGAAGCCGGACAUCAACAGGCUAAUCUCCAACAUGUUCGUGGAUAAGCCGCUGGACGAUGACUUGACUGACCUUGAGGCUAAGAUCUGCUGUAUGAAGUUCCUCGUAUACGACUUAAUUUGCUUGAUACAGGAUUCAAGACUUAGUCGCGCCAGCUAA